CUCGGGGCGGAGCGGGGCCGGAGGGGCCGGGCCCCGACGGUGAAGACCGAUGCUGUCACAUCGAUGAAAUUGCACGAUGUGUGAACCGGUGCUCGUUUUUCUUUCUAUUUUUUUUUCUAAUAAUUCUAAUAUUUGUUUAUUUACAGUCUGAUAUUUAUUUACCUGUUUAAUGCAGUUCUUGUGUGUUACCAAGUGCUCUGUGUCACCGCCCAGUUUGUAUCAUAAUAUUCGCGUUUUAUCCGGUGAAUAAAAGGCUGAGAGGAGCAUCAGGCCAAGGCUGAGUUACAACGUGGCAGCAGUCUUGCUGCUAAAUCUGGAGAUGCAUUAGAGUGGUUUGUUUCUCUGCGAAUGCAUUUAGUGUUGUUGUGGCUAUACUUCAAGUAUGUGUUAAAGGUAUUUUUAAUGGUGCAGUGAUAACUUGUCAAUCUGAUUUCUGGAUGUAGGGGGAGAAAAGUAUAAACUUGAAGCUACCGUUGCUAUAUCUUGUAGCUAAGCCUCAUGUUCCAACUAAGACUGUCUGACGCGAUCCAUUACCCUUUGUCACAUCUCCGCAGUUCUUCCCAAACUUUGCCCUGUCGGCUGUUUACCCCAAGUUGGUUGGCUGAUUGAUUGAAGAAUGCUAGCUGGAAUGGUACAGCUGCUUUCUUACAGUGACAUUAAAGGGAGAUGACUACUUGUGUCCCUACUUGUGACUACAAAGUGUUCAUACUGUUUUAUAGUAAAUUUGUAACAUAACAAAGUUAGCUAUGUUUGCAGGGUGCUGUUGCUUGAUCCUUGUCUUGAAAUCAGCCUGUUAUGGUCAAAUUAUAUACUUUUGAAAAAUCUUUGAUUUACAUGCACUUCCUAGAAUAUGUCAGGAUAAUAUUGUCCAGACUCUUCCUGCCUUGGGAAUAUUGUGGUCUUUGAAGAACUACUUUUGUGAUAACUUUUGGCCGAUGACUAUCAAAAAUGGGAGAAAACAAGCUGUGACUCCUUUAUGCAUGCUGGUCUCUCUCUCCAAGAGUUGGAAAGAAAGAUCAGUAGGAGGAAGGUCAGAGCAAAGGUGGUUGACUGCCUGCAAUUGCCUCAACAAUUGAGGAAUUGCAAUCUCACAGUUUAAUGUACACCAAAGAAUUCACAUAAGAAAACACACGCAAGUGCCAGAGCCACAGGAAAAUCUUGAACCUAUAUUUGUACUUUCUGGACACGAAAUCAGUAAGAAAACUUGGAAGGAAGUUGGUAUUUGUUGUUUUAGUUCUCCUAAAGCUGGUUAUUUGAGGCUUUUUAGAUUUGUUUUGUACAGGUGUGAAGUUUGGGCAUGUGUGCAGGAUUGUGACUGCACAUGUCUGACAGUUCUUAACUACUGAUAUAGCCACUGAAAAUUUUAGUAAGCUGUUACAGCUUUCAGGAAUGCUGAGUUGUUACAAGUGUCAUGAAGAUAACCACCUGAAAGGAAGAAAGAUUCCUUGUCAGCAUGGCUGGGAGGAGAAUUGUCUAAAGCACUUGACCUUUUGUUUCUGUUAAUUACAUGACUGCUGAUAAAACUGCAUUUCAGAGGCUACAUUAAAAGAGCAUAGGUGCUCUUAGAUAUUAGCAAGUGCAUGUAGUGAUUUUUUUCCCCAAUGUUGUCUGACAGUUGGGUUGCUUUGGACUAUUCCUCCUCUUGUAUUCCUGUGUUAUCCUUCUCUUCUGUUUUUAAUUUUUUAUUUUUUAUUGUUUUUUUACCCCUAUCUCGUUAACUCCCAUGUCACAUUAAGUAUGUGGGUGCUUCUGGAUUAGAUGUGAUGUGAUAAGGCAGGCAGUUGUUUGACAUUGGUCCAGCAUUUGUUCUAGAAACUAUGUAUAAGGAAUUAGCUUAGACUAAUAUCAGCAUAUAGAAUCAUAAAAUCGUAGCAUGCCUUGGGUUGAUUGGGACCUUCAAGAUCAUCUAGUUCCAACCGUCCUGCCAAGGGCAGGGAUGCCACUCACUAGAUCAGGUUGCUCAGUGCCCCAUCCAACCUGGCUUUGAACACUUCCAGGGGUGGGGCGUCCACAAUCUCUUGUUAUUGUAUUCUGUAUCCUUUCUUCGGUUGUAUCCUUCCUUCUGUGUAUCCUUAUUCAUAAUUUUUGUUUCUAAACAUAAGCUGUGGAGCGCAGCAUUGUAACCAAUGCAUUCAGACGGUGCAACUUGGGCCAGUCUAAAGAUUCUUUUUAGGAGCCUACGAGGUUUUCGUUCUUGGAGAUUAUGCCUUUCUUCUUAAAAAAGCCUGUUUUCCAAGUCAUAGUUUCAGGGGAAAAGGUCGUGUUUGGGCAGGAGGGGAGGGAUUCCUGGAGUGCAAAGCGGAUUGCAACAGGAAGGAAGGGAAUUAAGGAGUGGAGAAUUUGUAAACAAGGAAGGCAAAGCAGUUGCUUCUUCCCUUUUAAUGAAAUUGCUAAAAGGCUUUAGUAGAAAGAGAAGCUCAAAAAGGAAACAGCUUUCACUAUCCAGGAAUUAACUCAGCUUAAAACCCGCAUGGCUUCUGAGGUUGCUCCACACAGGUUUUGACUCUGGCAGCCAUCUUCGUUAGUGCAGGUUCUUGGAAUUCAUUACUUAAAAUCAGGCUCUUGAACUGUGGACUUCUGUAAUUCAUUAUUAUUACCUUACAGUCAGGGAUAGUGACAGUAUUAACUGUUGAGUGGUGGGGAUAAUGACAGUAUUAACUGUUGAGUGGUGAGCCAUGGGAAACUAAAGACAGUUUAUUCAGAAGAAAAUAACUUCAUAAAACUGUGUGGGUUUACAUGCCUAUAUUACUAUAGAAUUGUUUAGAUUGGAAAAGACCUCUAAAAUCAUGGAGUCCAACCAUUAACCCAGGACUGCCACCAUCACCAAAACAUGUCUUUAAGUGCCACAUCUACACAUCUUUUGAAAACCUCCAGGAAUGGUGACUCAACCUCUUCCCUGGGCAGCCUGCUCCAAUCUGUGACAACUCUUUCUGUGAAGAAAGUUUUCCAGACAUCCAAUCUAAGCCUCUCCUGGUGCAAUUUGAGGCUCUCAUCCUAUAACUUGUUACUUGAGACGUGAGACCACCCCCCAGUUUGUUACAACCUCGGCUGCUCCUUAUAAGACUUGUGCUCCAGACCCUUCACCACCUUUGUUGCUCUCUGGAUGCUCUCCAGCACCUCAGUGUCUUUCUUGUAUGUUAUGCCCAUCUCACCUAUGAAAUUUCUAGCUCAAGAAAUUCUAGCUCAUGAAAAGUAUUGCUGAUCACAUGUUUGGCCUCUUUAUCUUAUGGUGACAGUUUCAUGCUUUCAGUAUUUUUGGAAAGAGCAUUUUAACAGUUGCUUGUAUUGGCGAUGUUACUUUACACCAUUUAAAAUCAGGGUUCUUUUAGAUAUUUUCAGAAACAGGUCAGACAGAUUUGUGAUGCUUUUUCAGAAAAAAUUAUGAAUAUAUAAUGUGUGUUGUGUGGAACACAGAAAAAAUGGGAUGACCUCUUUGGCAAUAUCCAGCUUGGAAACUUGUGCUUUAAUGGGAAGGUUUAUAAUUUCCUUUGGUAUGAAUGUUCCAUAAAGAAAAGUAAGCUCUUUGUCUUCAUAAACAUAUUAAGAAAAGCUUGCCUGGAAUCAAGGUAAUUUCAGAUAAAUUACACCUCUUGGAGUCUGUUCGGUCCUCUGCUGGAAAAUAUAUAGGUGUCAUCUGUCAAGUACUGUGUUUCUUUUAUAUUAAACACAACUAGGCCUGCUGGGUGGUAAGUGGGAGGCUUAGAGUGGACAGGAUGAGAUUUAUUAUUUCUUUUAGACUGUUGGUUUUUGCUGUGUUUAAUUCAACAUUCUCGAAUUUUCCAAAGACUUCUCAUUUUAGUGGAACCAGUGGAAGAUGGUGGAAGUUUUGGGUUUACUACAGUUCUAGAAAAUCAGGCCUUCAGUCUCAAGCUGGCAUUUAUUAGUAUUCCUGAAUUAUAAUGUUUUAUUAAGGCAGAAAUUAGUAAAAAUUUGUUCUAUAACUGACCAAUAAAAUGCAACAAUAAAGCAUUCACUAACUGCCUUGCUGCUGUUACUAUCUCCCACUUGAGAGUUGAGAUUUUUUUUUCUUUGUUUUCUUUCUUUUUGUAGGGCUGCCUUCCAGUUACAGGUUUCAAGAGUUAUCUGCUUUCCAGAUCGGAAUGGAAUUUCUUCUACAUCAGGACAGUCAGAAACUUAUUCUUGGGAGAUGCAGAAAGUCACACUAUAGAUUCUUUUAGAAGUCCAAUGACUUCAGCAGUUGUAGACCCUUUUUCCUAUUUAAAUACCUUCUGCCAGCUGAUCAAAUCAUACUCUUCUGAAACCUUUGCCAAAAUUUGAUUUGUACAGUGUUGGUGGUAGAUAUGUUGAAUGGAAUUGGGAAUGUAAGGACUUGGCACUGUGUUAAAAAUAGUAUUUUGAAAUAAAUUAUUUGCUGAACUGCAGGAAGGCUUAUUCAGGAACGAGCAUAAUGCGUUGGUGCUAACAUCCAUCUUGUCCAGUACUUUGAUCCUGACAGUUACAACAGCAAAGGCUACAGAGGAACUAAUUUUGGGGCCGGUGCCAUAAUCUCCAUUCCAUGUUGGCAAGAAGCCUAUUCUUGGUCUUGUAAAGAUUUGCUGAAGCUCUGAAGCAUAAAGCUUGCUAUCUUUUGAAGAAAAAAAACCAGUUUUGGUUCCUCUGGUUGUGUUAUGAAAAUGUCUCUUCCACCUUCACAUAUUUGUAGACUCUUGUCUCAGUGAUUUUCUAUAGCAGUGAGUUCUACUGACGCUAUAUGAUGAUUUUUUUUUUUCCUUUAAAAGAAAGGUUUUUUCUCUUUUUCUUGACAGGAGGGACAGGUGUUCCUGAUCAGCCCUUUCAGUAUCAUUAUUUCAUUUCUCUGCAGUUAAUCUAAAUAUCUGAUUUGUGUUCCUGAGUUGUUUGGCUGCUUCUGCGUAUCCCUCCCACUGUCAAAGAAUGCAACAAAGUUCUGUCUACACAGAAAGCAAAAGCUACAAGUAAUCCAGCCUGUUGACAAUAAGAUCAGGAGGUUUUUUUUUGGAGAAGGGGUUUCUGUCUGUUGAUAAACCUUCUAAAAUGGAGAAAGUAGAAGGAACUGGUAUGGUCAGUAAAGUUGUGAGCUAACUUAUUGUUAAUCACAAGCAAAUACUAAUUUCGUCUUGGGUAAUGCACAGAUAGUGGAUUGGCCCAUUGUCUAUAGCAACGAUGGAUUUUGCAAGUUAUCAGGAUAUCACAGAGCAGAAGUUAUGCAAAAAAGCAGCACCUGCAGUUUUAUGUAUGGAGAGCUGACAGACAAGGAUACAAUUGACAAGGUCCGGCAAACAUUUGAGAACUAUGAGAUGAACUCCUUUGAAAUCUUGAUGUACAAGAAGAACAGAACACCUGUAUGGUUCUUUGUGAAAAUUGCUCCAAUUCGAAAUGAGCAGGAUAAAGUGGUUUUAUUUCUUUGCACUUUCAAUGACAUAACGGCUUUCAAGCAGCCCAUUGAGGAUGAUUCAUGUAAAGGUUGGGGGAAGUUUGCUCGCUUGACUCGUGCCCUCACGAGCAGCCGAGGUGUCCUGCAGCAGCUCGCUCCGAGCGUCCAGAAAGGAGAGAACGUUCACAAGCAUUCGAGACUUGCUGAGGUAUUGCAGCUGGGCUCUGAAAUCCUCCCACAGUACAAGCAAGAGGCACCAAAGACUCCGCCACAUAUAAUUUUGCAUUAUUGUGUUUUCAAGACCACCUGGGACUGGAUCAUCUUGAUUUUAACCUUUUACACUGCUAUUUUGGUUCCUUACAAUGUCUCCUUUAAAACCAAACAGAACAACGUGGCAUGGCUAGUAGUUGACAGUAUUGUGGAUGUCAUUUUUUUGGUCGACAUUGUGCUCAAUUUCCAUACGACCUUUGUGGGGCCGGCAGGAGAGGUGAUCUCUGACCCCAAACUGAUUCGCAUGAAUUACUUGAAGACCUGGUUUGUGAUCGAUCUGCUCUCGUGCUUGCCCUAUGAUGUCAUCAAUGCAUUUGAGAAUGUCGAUGAGGGCAUCAGUAGCCUCUUCAGUUCCCUUAAAGUGGUCAGGCUACUUCGGCUGGGUCGUGUAGCUCGGAAGCUGGACCACUACAUUGAGUACGGAGCAGCAGUCUUGGUUCUGCUGGUGUGUGUGUUUGGUCUUGCUGCACACUGGCUGGCCUGCAUCUGGUACAGCAUAGGAGACUAUGAAGUUAUUGAUGAGGAUACGAACACCAUCCGAACGGAGAGCUGGUUGUAUCAGCUGGGGGCGUCAAUAGGAACUCCCUACCGCUUUAACACAUCAGGCUUUGGCAAAUGGGAAGGCGGACCAAGCAAAGAUUCGGUCUACAUCUCCUCCUUGUAUUUUACAAUGACCAGCCUCACCAGCGUUGGAUUUGGGAACAUCGCUCCGACUACAGAUGGGGAGAAGAUCUUUGCUGUUGCUAUGAUGAUGAUUGGCUCCCUUCUGUAUGCCACCAUUUUUGGUAAUGUGACAACCAUAUUUCAGCAAAUGUAUGCUAAUACAAACAGAUACCAUGAAAUGCUGAACAGUGUCCGGGACUUUCUAAAGCUCUACCAGGUCCCUAAAGGACUGAGUGAACGUGUGAUGGAUUACAUCGUUUCCACCUGGUCAAUGUCCAGAGGAAUAGAUACUGAAAAGGUUUUGCAGAUAUGCCCCAAGGACAUGAGAGCAGAUAUCUGUGUGCAUCUGAACCGCAAAGUCUUCAAGGAGCACCCAGCCUUCAGGCUGGCGAGCGAUGGGUGCCUGCGAGCGCUCGCCAUGGAAUUUCAGACAGUGCACUGUGCUCCAGGGGACCUGAUCUACCACGCUGGAGAGAGCGUCGACAGCCUUUGCUUUGUGGUUUCAGGGUCUUUGGAAGUAAUCCAGGAUGAUGAAGUCGUUGCUAUUUUAGGCAAAGGAGACGUUUUUGGUGAUGUGUUCUGGAAGGAGUCUACCCUCGCCCAGUCCUGUGCUAAUGUAAGGGCUUUGACUUACUGUGAUCUUCAUGUGAUUAAGAGAGAUGCUUUGCAGAAAGUGCUGGAGUUCUACACAGCCUUUUCCCACUCCUUCUCUAGAAAUCUCAUUUUGACCUACAACUUGAGAAAAAGGAUUGUGUUCCGGAAAAUCAGCGACGUCAAACGUGAAGAGGAGGAGAGGAUGAAGAGGAAGAACGAAGCACCUCUGAUCUUACCCCCGGACCACCCGGUUCGCCGGCUGUUCCAGAGGUUCAGGCAGCAGAAGGAAGCGCGGCUUGCAGCAGAGAGGGGCCGAGAUCCGGAUGACCUGGAUGUGGAAAAGGGCAAUGCUCUAGGGGAGCAAUCCUCUGCUCGCUCGGUGGUCAAAGCCAGCAUAGUGACUGUACGGGAGAGUCCGGCGACCCCUGUGUCCUACCAGCCCGCGUCGACCUCUGGGACCUCUGACCAGGCAAAGCUGCAGGCCCCAACACUGGACCAUGCAGGGUGUAAGGCCUCGGGGGACUACCCCCGACGAAAAGGCUGGGCCAAAUUCAAGGAAGCCUGUGGGAAAGGUGAAGAUUGGAACAAGGUCUCUAAAGCAGAGUCCAUGGAGACUUUACCAGAGAGAACUAAAGCUUCGGGAGAAGCUACCCUGAAGAAGACAGACUCUUGUGAUAGUGGCAUUACGAAAAGUGACUUGCGCUUGGAUAACGCUGGGGAGACGAGAAGCCCCCAGGACCACAGUCCGGUCCUCACUGAGGUCAAGCACUCCUUUUAUCCCAUCCCAGAACAGACUCUUCAGGCCACCAUGCUAGAAGUGAAACAUGAGUUGAAAGAGGACAUCAAGGCUUUAAACACAAAAAUGACCAAUAUAGAAAACCAGCUUGCUGAGAUACUUAGGAUAUUGACCUCAAGAAGAAGCUCCCAGUCGCCACAGGAGUUGUUUGAAAUAUCAAGGCCCCAGUCUCCAGAAUCAGAAAAAGACAUGUUUGGAGCUAGCUGAGGUGUUUCUUUUAAAAAACGAACAAACCAAUAAACAAAGGAACAGCCCCCUAACACUUUACAUUUAACCUUUCUAGAAAACGAGUGAGGGGCCAGUUCACUAAGCAUGUUCCCUCUGUCUAAAAAGGUAUGGUAACAGGAAUUGCAACCUCAUGUCAAGAUGGCAGCUGACUUCGAAGCCUUUUUGACAGCAAGGGUACAGUUUCUGAAGUUUUUAUUUUCUCCCUCUGUGCCCAUUCCCCCUGACUCCCUCUCUCUCCCUCGGGAUGUUGGAAUAAGAAUUCUGACAGCAGCAGCCGUUCCUGUGAGCCCCAGGUGACCUCUGAGGUUUUUGGAGCAUGCCUUACGUCCUUCGCUCGGGUUUUGCCUAUGUGAAUAAGCACUUGCCAGGGUGCUUAUAUUUUCAGCAUUUGGUGGGUUGUUUGUUUUUUGGUUUUGUUUUUUUGUUGUUGCUGCUGCUGCUGUCACUGUCUCAGUCACCUGUACAGCAUGUUUGAUGUCACAGUAUAUUUUCAUUUAUCUGUACUAAUGCAAAGAGCAGUAGCAGAUGUAUUCCACGUCAAUAGAUUGUGUGCUAUUCGGUACUGAAGUUUCUUUUGUGUAGUCAAGGAAGGGCUAAUAAGAUGAAAAAAAAUGGUACUUUUUAAUUGCAAACUGACAUUACUAGCAAUUACAUUUAGCAACAUCUUCAAAAAUAGCCACAGUAUUUCAGAUCUGUUAAUAAAUGGGAACUUCCACACUGUCAUUCACUGGAUCAAGGAUACUGAUUUCAGAAACUUAAUUUCUGUCUCAGAUGUCUUUCAACAUUUGUUACUUUUGCUUUUAACUCCAGUUGCUGGAGACCAGAGUUGGGUGUGCAGCGUACCUGAAUGCAGCCCACUGCACAACGUGUUGUGAACGUCACUAACAGGUCCUGCAGAUUUGCCUCCUGAUGAAAAUAUACUGUGGCAUUCAUGUCCUGGUUUUGCUAAGAAUCUGCUCUUUUAAUUCUUGUUAAAUUAUUAUUGCGAAGUUUCUGUUUUGAUAACAUUCAUUGUAGCCAAAGGCUUUCACAGAAUUUUUAACAGUUUUAGAUUAUGGCAUUUUCCUCUACAUCCAGAUGUAAUGUUCCUGAUCUAAUCUAGCUAGAAAGCAAAUGGAUAGUAGAGGUAGAAAUACAGUUCUUACUGUAUGCAAGUGCUAUUGUAGCAAGGAAACAAAGAGAUCUGCUUCUUAAAGAAGGAGAUGUUUCCAAAACUUAUAUUUUCAUAACUUUUUUUGGAGGAUGAUCGAAGCACUUUACCAAAACUACUCUUCAUUAUUCAUAUAGGGUAGCAUAGCUGGUAUCAUGACUUGUGUUCUUACCUUGGAAUAUAGGUGUAUAUUCACAGUAUAUUCACUUCACUGAUCUGGUAUGUUCACUGCUUAGCAGUUGAUUAGAGUUCAGAAGUAGGGUGCCACACUUUUAUGGGUUUUCAUUUUUAAUGGCAAUAGGUCUUAACACUGUAUGUGUUGAGUCUCAUUCUUUUUCCAUGGUACUAAGUCAUUUACAAAGAAACACAUGAUUUUUUGGAGGGAAGAUUUUGUUUGUGUAUGGAAGAGGCAAGGAAAAUGACGAGUUUAAAGGAUUUCUGCUGGCCUGAUGCUUGCACACUGCAAUGCAGUGUCAGAAAUCCCUGGGAGGUGGGAGGUCCACUGAUGACUGGCACAGUGGUGAGGCCGUGCUGUGCAAAGCUACCAGCUCUGGUCAUGUGGUCAGUGCAUUUAUACCUGUUCCUGCAGUAACUGCCCUUGCUCUCAAAGAUGCUGAUUAUUCCAAGUGCAGCACCACCAUUUACAAGUCCAGAGGCAGAUGGUUUAGGAUUGGCUUUCAAGGGUCUUACACCCUGUUUCAAUAUGGAAGUGCCCACAGACUGUGAAUUCUUAUCCAGGGACCGAAACAUUCCUGAGAAACAACUCUCGGGAUAAACCUUCUUCCUUCCCACAGCAAAAGGCAGUAGGGAGGUGAGUUGCUCUGAAACUAAGAUGCCAUUUCCUUAAUUUAUUGUCAAUUCCAUGUUUAGGUUUUUCCAGUGGUAGCUGGUGUCUUUUACAGUUGUGCACUGCACACCUGCAGUGCUGAGGAAGGCUCUCUUUGACCAAAGCCAUUCUGUGUGUUUGGUGCUUUAAUCACUGUAAGUGACAGCAGUUACCAGCAACAGCCAUGGCAUGGCUGCUGUAAGAGACCCAUACAUCCAUGGUUUCGGUUAGAAACUGUUGAAUGAUUUUUUUUCUUUUUGGUCUCCUUAGUCAGUAAAUUCCACCUAAGUAAACCCUGGGUGUACUGAUAUACAAGGAUUUGUAUUUGAUUUCCCAAAGUUCCAGCAAGUUUUUAAAGACUGCCUUGGAAUCAGUUUCCUGAUCGAGGCAAAUUUUUCACCAGCAUGAUGUUCUUGACACUUGGUUUCCUUCAUAAAAUUUUUGAAAGGCCAAAAGUCUUAGCAAGUCCUUUGUGAAAGUGUCAUCCAUUUACCUGCACUUGGAUAAACAUGGACAUUAGCUUAUCCCAGGUGGAUGAGGGAGGAAAUGUUUACAACCUCCCAAGUAUGUGCCUACUAUUUCCAGAAUUGCAGUGCAGACAUAGAGUUAAAUGUGCAAUUGCAGGUUGCCUGGCCCUUUGUUGCUGAUACUGAAUUGAUAUUUCUCGGUGAUAUUUUUGUGUGCCCUCAGGGAUAUCCUAAAGGUUAUUCUGGUGUUGCCUAUUGCCCAGCCUGGAAUCUCAACAGGACUAGCCCUAGAAGCCCCAUAAUUAUAAUAAUAAUCCACUCCUGUGAACAAAGGCAGACAACUGCCCAUUUUCUGAGGGUGCUCCUUGUGUAGCCUGAUGCUCAGUAUGAUACUGAACUGCUGCACACCCCAUGUGACAGUGGGUGGGCACAGCACCAAGUCCUUUUCUAAGGCUUUUUUCAGACUCUUGCAAUGGCCUAUAAAGGCAUUUGUUAUCCAUUUGUAAAGACUCCAAAGAUUGUAACACGCUCUCAAAUUCCACUGAAAAUUUAAUGUCUUUGAAGAUUAUGACCAAAUUCAAUUUUGUUGUGGUCAUGAAACUGCAGAGAAACUCUGUACAAUGACACCUUCAGAGUGUCUGCUCCAUGUCAGCCCUGACAGUGGUCAGUGUCACUCAGAUUUGUACAGCUGUAACUGAGAUUAGGCCCAUUUUUAUGAACUGUUAGGCACUAAAACUACUUGUAGGAAAGUGCAUCAUCUCUCAGUAACCUGUAUUUGUUGUAAGACAAUUUGAAAAAUGAUGCUAUCUAGGAUGAGCAUUGAUGUUUGGAUUCCCUGGGCUACUGAGUGGUUAAAAAAAUGAAUGAGGCCAUGCCCACUUUGGGAGUAGUCACUCCUUUUGAAACGGACUAGUUUGGACCUGCGCUGUGGUGCCCAGGCACCGCUGAUGCGACACUUUUCCUUUAAGGAGUGGCUGAAAGCACCUGUGUUACAAAUCUGUCUUUCUCCACUGAGCCUUACACUUGGAUGCCUGUGGCUGGACAGCAUGUGUACCCAUUGUAAUUGUUACUUGUUCUUUCAUUUUUUUGUCAGUCUUUCCUUUUUCUUUUGUUCCUCUGUACAUGGUGGUUAAGCCUUUUCACUUAAAUUACGUUCCAGCUUAGAAAUGAAGGCUCUCUGAACAUAAGAUUCUGCCCCUUCACAAGCAAAUGCUUGUACAUACUAUAAGAAAAAACCCCAAAGCCUCAGUUUUAACUGUGUUCUGGCACAGUGCUUCUGCCAUUUAACAACCUGCUAAAUAAGCUGCACCAUUCUAAAAGAGAUGGUGUGCUCCAUUUUGAUAUAUGGUGUAAUUAAAUUUCAGUCAAAAGAAGGUAGCUGAGAAAAAGAGCCUGGUUUAUGAUUUGGUAAAAUGGGAACUUUCUGAAAGUACAUGCUUGAAUGGUGAGAAAGAAUACCAAUAUGCAGCACAGAAAAAAAAAAAAAAAGGAUUAAAAAAGCAAACCCCAGCCCUCAUCCCUACCGUGUUCAAAUACAUUUACUUCUGUCCAGUAUUACAUGUAUACGUUUGAAAACACCAUUCUUGCUUUAAAUCUCUUUCACAGUGCUGCCCUGAAUCCCAGCGAAUACCCUGUUUAACAGCUUGGAAGGUGACGUUCUGUUUCUACAGUACUUCCCUUUAAUGACCUGAACAAGAUAUUUACUGUGACUAUCUGGUGAUAUAUUUUCAGUCAUUCUUAACCAAUCUGUGAAAAAAUUCAGUACAUAAUUUGUCUUUACUAUAUAAACGACGUGUAUGAUUACGCUUGUGCAGAUGCGUGUACAUACACACAUAUAUAUAUAAUAUCAGUGUACAGUGAGUCUAUGGAUUGCAUUUCUGUUAAGCAAAAGCACGUUCCUCAUUUUAUGAUUCCAGUUCAAGAAGGGAGCUUAAAUCUUCCCAGUAGACAUGCACAGAAUGUCCUAGUUAGUGUCUUGUUUGUUAACUGUUGAACUUUUAAGGCCAUGAUUUUUGAAUUUUCUAGUUGGCCUCUAAUUCAUACAGUGAGUCUAGUAAAUAGUGUGACUGAGAUAAGAUCUGACAAAGGGUCAUGAUAAUCAGGAAGAGAAAUCCACAUGAAAUUGGAGAAACACUGUAUUCUAGUUGGUGGGGAUAAGGCUCAUAAGCCGGUAUUUGUUGCUCACAGUAUCUUUGAAGCCAAGAUGCCCUGGUAGUGUUUCUCAUGGCUUCUGCAAGAGAGAUGAUGGAAUAAAUGGAGUUAUUUUUCCUGGUGCCAGGGGCUGCCUCAAAGGUGCUGAGCCUAUCUUUCUCCUCAUGGGCAGCAUAACACAUGGUUGCUGCACCUCUGCUUUCCUGUCCUGGUGUUAGGUGGUAAAAAGCAUCUUCUACUGAAUUCUUCAUUUCCACAUAGUCUCCUGUGAGUGUAUUGGCAAUAACAAAGUCUGUGUUUUAGCUGCACUUACGAUUCAUUAAGACAAACGUUUUAGAGAGAGUCCCAUCCAGGGGAACCUCCAGAAAUUUGAGGUGAGGCACAGUAGGAUACUGUAUCCUCCAACCCAACAUAGUUUUGACCACAUUGUUGUGGCAAGCAUUGAUUCAAUUAAAUAAAAAUAAAGCUUUUUUUGCAAUAAGAUAUAUCCAGCAUUUAGCCUUAAGACCCUUUCAUAAGUGAUAUAAUUCAAACUGUGAUUCCAUUCUCCUUCCUUCUUAAUGUUCUUUAGUAUUUACAGUUUUGCCUAAAGAUGAAGCACUUUGAUUAGCUUUCUAAAUCUAAUGGAAAUCACUUGCUGGUAAUCACAUUUCUUUCUCCACUGAUUGCCUUCUUAUUAGGAUAAUGAAUUACUCCAAUAGCCCUCUCCCCUCAUAAAGUAAAGAGACACAGCUAUUGUCUAAACACUUUUGUACAUCAGGGAGACAACCCAUCAUACUGCAAAAGUGUUGGUUUCAAAGGUGUUUUUUUACAGUUCAACAAAGCUAAUGUGAAUUUACCUGCAACUGUAAUUUUUUUCAAACUGAUUGUUGAGUGUUGUGUAAACAUAUUUGAUGUGUAAUCCCAGAACACCUCUGUAACUGGAUCUAAAUGCAUAACAUUAGGUUAACAAAACAGUUCGGGGUUUUGACUAACUGUUCUGAAAGGCUAAUGGUUUUCUUUCUUCUUCCCACUAAAUCUGUGACCACUAACAUAGAAAAAGAAUCAUUUUAGCUGUAGAUGAAAGAAGUUCAAUAAUCUUGUAUCAGGAUGAACUGCUAUAUAAAGAAAUACCAAGUUUUCUAAUGAAUGUGUUAUAUUAUCGUACCUACAUACAAUCAAUAUUUGUACAUCUGUUGGAGACCUGUCUGCGUUCCAAUAUUUAGCAACCACUGCAUGGACACUUGAUUGAUAUGCAGCUAAUGCAGUUGCUUUGGCGCUUUUCAAUGUACUUCACUUGCUUUUAUCCUUUCAGAAAUCCACCAAAUACUCUUGGUUCUUUUUCUUUGCAUUUGUCACUUUGUUCAAUGAAGCAUGACUAGAAAAAGAGAACGAGUAGAUACUAUUUUUGUGGUCAGCAAAGCAGCUGCCAGUAGAUAGACAGCGUGUGUAUGUGUGUAUGCACACUGUCUGGGAAUGUUUCUGUUACAAAUGCAGCCACCUACAUUAAUGAUAUCCCUAGUCAACAUUUUUAAACAAGCACAAAUAAUAUUUGUAAAAAAAAAAGUUUAAUUUUAUUUAUUAUAGUAAUAAACUAUUUUAUACAUUA